AUGAAGAUGCAUCUUCUUUUGCUGCUGGUGCUCCUGGACUUGGGGCAGGCCCAAGGAUCACUUCACAGGGUGCCCCUCAGGAGGUAUCCAUCCCUCCGGAAGAAGCUGCAGGCACAGAACCAACUCUCUGAGUUCUGCAAAUCCCUGGAUUUGGAAAUGACCCAACAGAACACGUCCUGCUUAAUGGCCCUGGCUGUCAAGGAGCCCCUCACCAACUACCUGGAUGUUGAAUACUUUGGCAAAAUCUCCAUUGGCUCUCCACCACAGAACUUCACUGUCAUCUUUGACACUGGCUCCUCUGAUUUCUGGGUCCCUUCUGUGUAUUGCAAGAGCAAAGGCUGCCGGAAACAUGCCAAGUUCUGCCCUUCCCGGUCCAACACUUACACUCGAUUAGAAGGGAAACAUUUCUCCAUUAAGUAUGGAACCGGUAGCUGUUCUGGGAUCAUUGGAGCUGACCGAGUCUCUGUGGGAGGACUGACGGUGGCUAACCAGCAGCUUGGAGAAGUUCUCGAAGAGCCAGACAUGGUCUUUGACCAUGUGGAGUUUGAUGGCAUUAUGGGCCUGGCAUACCCUUCCUUGGCUGAGAAAGGGGUGACCCCUGUGUUUGACAACAUGAUAAGUCAGAAUCUGGUGGAUCUACCAAUAUUUUCCAUCUACAUGAGCAGUAACCAAAAAGGUGGUAAAGGGAGCGAGCUGAUUUUCGGAGGCUAUGACCGCUCCCAUUUCUCUGGGAGCCUGAAUUGGGUCCCGGUCUCCAAGAAAGAAUACUGGCAGAUCACAGUGGACAACAUCCGGGUGGGUCGCUCUGUGAUGUUGUGCUCCAAGGGCUGCCAGGCCGUUGUGGACACCGGGACCUCCUCCAUCACUGGCCCUUCUGACGACAUCAGGCAACUGCAAAAGGCCAUCAGGGCAGUACGCAGGAAAAAUGGAGAAUAUGCUGUGAGGUGUACCAACCUCAACGUCAUGCCGGAUGUCACCUUUGUCAUCAAAGGAGUCCCCUACACCCUCAAACCAACUGCCUACACCCUGCGGGUAAGAACACUUUCCUUAUUCUGCAAAAGUGGCUUUGAAGAAUUUGAUUUCUCGGAUGGAAUGGAUCCCCUCUGGAUCCUGGGGGAUGUCUUCAUUCGACAGUUUUACUCAGUCUUUGACCGUGGGAAUAACCGUGUGGGCCUGGCCCGUGCAGUUCCCUAAGUAGGGGUCUGUGUCUGCGCCUGCUGCCUGACACCCCUGGGGGCUCUUGGAUUGGGGGAUUCUUUACACCUGUCCAAAAGUUGUUUUCCACAGAAUGCUCUUAUUCCCAGAGUUGCUACUUUAAUUUCCACAGUGCAGUGCUGCGCUGACACACGCCCUGACAUCCACACAUACACAUGUUCACAGUGUCACACACACUUCACAUGUACAUACCACCAUCACGAUGGAAGAAUAAGUUAUGUGUCCAUAUUUUUAAUUGAUUUUUGUUAACUUUUUGUUACAGAAAUCUCCAAACAUGCACAAGAAAAGGGCUAUGUGCCCCCACCUAGCAUUGCUGACCUAUCCACUUAUAGCCAGACCUGUUUAAUCUACACUGUCACCUGCCCCUCUCCCCAGCUCCACAUACUAUAACU